AGUGUAAUACUUUAUAAUUACAUAGAAUAAUAAUAAAAUACGAGUAAUUAAUGCUCUAAUAUAUCGCAGUAUAAUCUUCUUCCAAUAAAUCCAUUGUAGCAAGAAUAUUUCUACAAUGAAUUGGGAUAAUCGGGAUAACAACGAAUCUCCAAUAAAGGUACAGAGAUAUAGAAGGAAAGAGGAAGAAGACAGUCCUUUGGAUACUGACGAUGAUUACGAACCAUAUGUACCUGUUAAGCAUCGUAAAAAACAAUUGCUCAUGAAAUUGGGUAAACUCGGACAAUUAAAAGAAGAAGCUAUUAAUGGCAUUGGAAAGAGUAGUAGUGAGAAUGAGAAAGAUGAUGCUGACAAUGAUGAUGGACAGGUUUGGGGAAGGAAAUCAAAUAUCUCUCUUCUUGAUCAACAUACCGAACUGAAGAAAUUGGCUGAAGCCAAGAAGGAGAGUGCCAUGGAGAAGCAGUUGAAGGAGGAAGAGAAGAUUCUGGAAAGUGUGGCUGAGAAUAAAGCUCUAAUGGGUGUGGCUGAAUUAGCCAAGGGUAUUCAAUACAAGGAUUCUAUCAAGACCAAUUGGCAACCGCCAAGAGUGAUACUUAAUUUCGGUGAGAUGCGUCAUGAGAGAGUACGUAGAAAGCUCAGAAUACUUGUGGAAGGUGACGAAGUACCGCCACCCUUGAAAACUUUUAAGGAAAUGAAAUUUCAUAAAGGAAUCUUAUAUGGAUUGGAACAGAAGGGUAUCAUCAAGCCAACUCCAAUUCAAGUUCAAGGAAUACCCACAGUAUUGUCUGGUCGCGACAUGAUUGGUAUAGCUUCCACUGGUAGUGGUAAAACGUUGGUGUUUGUUUUACCUAUCAUUGAAUUUUGUCUGGAACAAGAAAUCGAUAUGCCAUUCAUUAAAUCAAGAGAAUUGGCUAAGCAAACCUAUGACAUAAUUCGGCACUAUACUAAUAGUUUAAGACAAACGGAUUGCCCAGAGAUACGCUGUUGCUUGGCAAUAGGAGGUGUGCCAGUUUCAGAGUCAUUAGCUAUAAUCAACAAAGGUGUACAUAUAAUGGUAGCAACACCGGGACGAUUAAUGGAUAUGUUACAUAAAAAGAUGGUUACUUUAAGUGUAUGCCGUUAUCUUUGCAUGGAUGAGGCAGAUCGCAUGAUAGAUAUGGGAUUCGAAGAAGAUGUUCGAACAAUAUUUUCUUUUUUCAAAGGUCAGAGGCAAACGCUUUUAUUCUCUGCUACUAUGCCGAAAAGAAUUCAAAAUUUUGCGCGUUCAGCAUUGGUGAAACCUGUAACUAUAAACGUUGGUCGGGCUGGUGCCGCGUCAAUGAACGUAAUACAAGAGGUGGAAUAUGUCAAGCAAGAGGCUAAGAUUGUUUAUCUCUUAGAAUGUCUUCAGAAAACUGCACCGCCAGUCUUAAUAUUCGCAGAGAAGAAGCGUGAUGUGGAUGCCAUCCAUGAGUAUCUGCUUAUAAAAGGAGUGGAAGCUGUUGCGAUACAUGGAGGAAUAGAUCAGGAAGAAAGAUCACGUUCAGUGGAAGCGUUUCGCGCAGGUCGAAAAGACGUACUCGUUGCGACAGACGUUGCAUCAAAGGGUCUCGAUUUUGCCGAUGUGCAACACGUUAUUAAUUAUGACAUGCCAGACGAUGUAGAAAAUUACGUGCACAGGAUAGGACGAACCGGCCGUUCUGGACGUACUGGUAUAGCAACGACUUUCAUUAAUAAAGCAAAUGAUGAAUCAGUGCUGCUCGAUCUUAAACAUUUACUAAUGGAAGCAAAGCAAAAGGUGCCACCAUUCUUGCUGGAACUUUGCUCUGAGAAUGAAAAAUAUCUUAAUCUGGGAGACGAACGCGGAUGCAGUUAUUGUGGUGGACUCGGACACAGAAUCACAGAGUGUCCAAAACUGGAGGCUGUGCAAAACAAGCAGGCAUCCAAUAUCGGACGUCGCGAUUAUCUGGCUAGUAAUGCCGCCGAUUAUUAAAUAACUCAUUUUAAAAUUGUAUUUAUUGUAAAUAUGUAUAGCACAUACAGGGUGAGUUCCGGACCAUUGAAAUAUCUCGAAAACAAAGUAUUUUUUGGGAAAAAUGAUUCAGACAAAAGUUGUAGGGUUUAAAAAUAUCUAUUUACUAAUUACAUCUAUUUGAUUUUGGGUGGCAUUACCAAGGUCAGGUCAAUCGAUUUUUUUUAAAUAGGACACCCUAUUUUUUAUUCCAGAAUCUAAUAGCUAAUGUCAAGAGCUUUUCAAAACAUUAUAAUAAAGUUCAUUUUCAUUAAGUACUUUUCGUAAGUACUUAAAGUUAUAAGGUUUAAAAUUUACAGUACCGUCGGCAUUAUCAUUACUCAAAAUAUUCAACCAACUUAGAUUUAUAGGGGAGAGUGGUCUAAAUCGGAUCUAUUUGCAGUUUUUGCUCUCUAU